AUGCAAGCACGUAACUUAAAAGUUGUGCGCCCCACGCGAUAUAGAGUUACAGCGAGAAAGGGUCCCUCGCGUUCCAAUUUUUCAGCCUUUCACAAAAGCUCCUUUCUGACUCCAACAACCACCAGCAUCAUCAUCAUCAUCACCAUUGCAAAAUUCUCAUCCAUCUUCAUCAUCACAUUUUCCCUCUCUUUCUUCAAACGACAUCGUUUCAUCCAAUCCUCCUUCAUCUUUAUCAUAACCGCAUUUUAAAAUCAUCUUCGGCGAUUCACCAAAACUUUCAGCAUUAGUUUCACAGCACAAUUAAACGACGUCGUAACGGGAUUUGAAUCAGCGAUCUUCGUUACGGUAGUUUUGAAAACGGCGUUGUAACGACGUCGUUUACGUUUUCGUCGCAAUGCCAAUCACGCCGUGCGACAGGCAGACUCCUCUUCCGUCUCCGAUUCCAACCGGAAGAGGAUCGCGCUCCGCCGCUAACGACAUCUUCAGCCAGUUCCUGGAGAAGAAGCUCCACUUACCGGAACUUAUACUACCGGAACUUCAUCAACCGCCGUCACCGGCUGAAAUUGACCUCUGGUCUCUCCCACUUGCCUCCGCUCCUCUGCUUCUACGCUCCGCUAAGGAGUUCGGCGCGUUCCGGAUACGGAGCCAUGGAAUCUCUAGCUACGAUCUCGAAACUAUAGCGAUGGAAGCCGAACUCGUUUUCAAAGACUAUAAAAAGGUCUACGUUGAGCGUAAUGGACGCUGCGGAGGGAUGAUUCCUUUUGUUCGAUCCAGCAAUGGAGAACUGGAAUUCACAGCUCACAACCAAACGCAUCGGAAAUUUUGCAGGGUUCAUAUGGGGUACGUAGCAAGUAGAUUGGAUACUAUAGUGGAGCAAGUGAUUCUGGCUCUAAAACAGGACGCAUCACAAGAUUUUAAGGAGCGGAUUCAAGAGACAGAGUCUGUAGUUUGUCUUUGCAGGUAUCCCCAUGACAGUGCCCCCAAACGAAACGAACGUGUCUCGGAUAAGACAAAGGGCGUGUUAUGUGAACAUGCUUUGCGCUUCUACCUUCCCAUGGAGCAUUGCAUAUUUUACGUCCAAACUGAAAGAGGUCCUCUGUCUUUUGAUGCAGGUCCAGAGCAUAUAGUUGUCAUUGUUGGCAAGCAACUAGAGGAGUGGAGCAACGGUGUAUUCAAAUGUGUUCCUGGGGAAAUGAUUUUCAUGCCGAGUUUCCAUAGUAGCAAUGCCUCUUUCUCUGUAGAGCUUACAUGCUUGGCCUCUUCGAAUCUAAAUCAAAUAUUAUACAAUUUUGACAAGAUAAUAUCCUUAAACGAUCAAAUCCUUAUUGUAUUAUGUCUCGUGUUUUUAUACAAAUUUCUAUACUUCAUCUUUUCCUGAUCCUCAGAACAUGGUUGUACCAUUUUGUUUUGUUUGGGUGUCUUUUGCGUGGUCAUGACUCAUGAUGUUGCUCUACCCAGUUGUUCUGUUAUACAACUUUGUUGUACAGUUUGAGUGUAAAGAUUGUGAUUUUUUGUUUAAAAAUACCAGUUAUGAGACAUUGACAUGA